GACUCGGACGCUUUGCCGCUGCGUUUCGUGUCGUCCGACACACACACACUUGAGAGAGCGCGCGCGCGCGCCCGCACACACGAGCGACUUGUUUACGCGACGGAGCAUCCGAAUAAGAGAGAGAGAGAGAGAAAAAGUAAAAGAGAGAGGGAGAGGCGCCAGUGAGAGAGAGAGAGAGAGAGUGAGCGAGAGAUAUUCGUUAUCGGAAGCCAGGCGUUGAUAUAAAAGGAGUCGCCGUGAGCCCGCUCUGGCUCAGAAGCCUGUCGCAGCUCAACCCUUUUUCCCGGAGAACGAGAUAUAGUGCGCGCACGAGCCUCUUCAAACAUGAGCUUCAAGGUGCUCGUCAAGGUCUGCCAGACUGGCUUCCUCCAGAAGUCCACUUCGGGAACGACGCAAUGGCUCAACGUCGGACGCUGCUGCUUCAGCACGUCUGGCCCAGCCUCGAAGGCUAUGCUGGUCGACUCGCCCAACGCGGCGAUGGACAAGAGCCUGCUGAACAGGUACCUGGACCUGCCCCAGCCGUCGGACCGAGUGCAGGCCAAGUACAUCUGGAUCGACGGCACCGGCGAGGGCAUCCGCAGCAAGACCAGGACCCUCAACUUCGUCCCCAAGGACCCGAAAGAGCUCCCCAAGUGGCAGUUCGACGGUAGCUCGACCGGCCAGGCCGAGGGCGGCAACAGCGACAUCUUCCUCGUGCCCGCGGCCAUCUACAAGGACCCCUUCCGGCGCAACGACAACGUCCUCGUGCUCUGCGAGACCUACCACCAGGACAUGAGCCCGACCAAGUCGAACAAGCGCGCCGCCGCGGCCCAGGCCAUCGAGAAGGCCAAGGCCGAGGAGCCCUGGUUCGGCAUCGAGCAGGAGUACAUCUUCCUCGACGUCGACGGCAGGCCCCUCGGCUGGCCGAAGAACGGCUUCCCCGGGCCCCAGGGGCCCUACUACUGCGGCGUCGGCGCGAACCGCGUGAUCGGCCGCGACAUCGUCGAGGCCCACUACCGCGCCUGCCUCUACGCCGGCAUCGACCUGUCCGGCACCAACGCCGAGGUCAUGCCCUCCCAGUGGGAGUACCAGGUCGGCCCGACCGCCGGCAUCGCCGCCGCCGACCAGCUCUGGAUGUCCAGGUUCAUCCUGCACCGCAUCGCCGAGGAGUACGGCGUCGUCGUCAGCUUCGACCCCAAGCCCAUGGAGGGCCAGUGGAACGGCUCCGGGGCCCACUGCAACUUCUCGACCAAGACGAUGCGCGCCGAGGGCGGCAUGGCCGAGAUCCAGCGCGCCAUCGAGAAGCUGAGCAAGAGGCACGACAAGCACAUCAGGGCGUACGACCCGCGCGAGGGCAAGGACAACGAGCGCCGGCUGACCGGCAGGCUCGAGACCAGCAGCAUCCACGACUUCAGCGCCGGCGUGGCCAACCGCGGCGCCAGCGUCCGCAUACCCCGCGGCGUCGCCGAGGCCAACAAGGGCUACCUCGAGGACCGCAGACCCAGCAGCAACUGCGACCCCUACGCCGUCACCGACGCCCUCAUCCGCACCUGCGUCCUCAACGAGUAAAGUGCCCAGACUCUAGCAUACUAUUGCAUACUAUUGUACAUACACCGCUAACACUAUCCUAUACGAUUGAUCCCAUAUGCAGGCAUCUCUUCGGUUUUUCCCUUUCUUUCGACAUUCCGGACGUUACACCUACUACUCACCGCAGCAGCUACUUUUGUAGCUUCUCGCGAACAAACGUUUUACUUAACUCGCAUACUUGUAUUGUCACGCGUGUCCGACACCCGAUGACGCAAGUCUCCAAGCUUUUUUAAUCUUUAACGCACACACACACACACACACACACACACACUUGCUACUCAGAGUACAAAAAAAGAGACAAAAUUUUAACGAUGAAAUUCUUACGUACGCCGCGCGCUGCGUGAGGCACUAUAUACAUUCUUUGUUACCGCGUUAUCGUGCUCAGAUACUUACUUCGUGUUUUUUUUUUAUUUUUACUACUUUUUUCGAACUUUUUACUCGAGUCUUGCGCUUCUUAAGCUUCUGUGUACGCGAACGAGAGCCUUGACAUUUUAUGACGCAUUUUAAUGAAUAAUUGUUAGGUUUAAGGUGAACAUUAUAUCAGCGUAUAGUCAUAUAUUAUGUAUGUAUAAACAUCUAGCUUGUAUAUUUUCAUAUUUGUAAAAUAAUAAAGAUUAAACUAUUUUCUAUAAGAGCAGCGAAACCACGUGCAGAUUUAUUAUGUACAGAGAAAAUACUUGUACGAUGUGGAACGCAGACAGACUAUAUAGGAAAAUUGUAAAUUUGUUCAUUGUCGUCUUUCAUAAUGUUUGCUACGCAAGUUUUUCGAAACAUUUUCGAGAUUAUCGAGCGCACUUGUUGAGUUGCAAAUAAAUCACUACUGAGAAAUGUA